AUGACGCAGUCAGAGAUGAUACUUCCAAACUGCUCGCCAUCAGAAGAAACCCUUCAUCAGAGGCUUCGAUACCUGAGCGAAACGAUCCAACGGCAACUGCAGGAAGCAGAGAGCAGACACAGAGAGCAGUUGGAGAGCAGGAUUCAUCACUACAUCCAACUGUCAACUGAUCUAAAUCACUCAUCUCCUCACACAAACAGUCUGAGGAGAGCUGCCUCAACACUUGCUCUAACAUCGGAAAACAAUCGAUCAAUCCAGUCAAAGCAGCAGUGCGAACGAGUCGCUUCAUGCAAAACAACAAAGCAGAAAAAGGAGGAGGAAGCCGAGGCCGAGUGCAAGAAGAAGUUCAGCGCGCAUCCUGUUCCUACUCAAGUCAAGCUUCCACUCUACCGGGAGAUGGUGGAGGAGCGGGACAAGAAACGAAAGCAAGGCUUAGAGCAAAGGAAAAGCUUUCUGCUUUCUUUUCAGAAACCUUUCAGCUUUCAGGAGAGAGAAAAGAAGAAACAAGAGCCAAUGGAUACAUUGUUAAAGCAAGUCUCGCAGAAGACAACUGUAAAAAACAUUCAGCGGUCCUCUCCCAAGCAAGUGAAGCCCCCGAUAGACCAAGAGUGUUGCAUGAAAAACCACAUCGACACCACACAACAGGUGAACAACGAAAAACCCAAACUUCGCAUCGCGGACCGCAACAGAAUGCAAAAAUUGGCUUUCCUGGAUGAGAAACCAAGCUUUCAGCCUAAAAUCAACCACCAGGUGCCCGAUUUCCAACAGUUGCACAAAACUCUUCAAACAGAGUCUCUGAGAACAUCACUAGGCAAACAUAUCACCAAGUGUCAGCCCUUCUACCUGAGAACAUCCGCACGUCAUGCUAGGCAAAGUAAGCCGAGCCCUGAAACGUCACAGAUACGCAGUCAAAGUCAUCUAGGUCGAAGUAAAUCCUAUGAUGCACUAAAGUCACUGUCUGCGGACACGCUUCCGACUUACAUCACAGACGCAACAAGGAAACGCUGCAUGGCCAUUCGCACGUCCAUGGAGAUGAGGGAUGUGAAGAAACAGGAGAGUGCAGACUGGUUGAGGAAAUACCAGAGCAAGUCAGAGGCCAUGAGGAAGACUGUUUCCCUCCAUGCCAAGUUGCUGGACCCUCACAAAAGCUUGAGGGAAGUCUACGAUGAAAAACUGCAGCACCAUCGGGAGGCGGAUCGCCAAAAGACAAAAGAUUACAUGAAGGAUCUAAAGGACAUUAAGGCUCGUGUGAGAGAGCGUCCCCUAUUGUUCGAACAGGUGAAACAGAGGAACGCCAAAGCUCGAGCAGAACAAGCAUACAAGAACGAACUGAGGAAAGCUGGCAUAAAAGAACAGUUUGUUGAAGAAAAGGGAGGAGCUGAGGAGCUGCAACUCACUCCACCAAGCCUGACCGGAGCGAUGAGAGAUGCUUCUUUUUUCCCCCCCUUCUGUAGCAUGAAUAAUAACCAGAGAGAGAGCACGUCAAGAGGCGAGCGGAGAGCAAGUGCAUCAGAGUUUAAGGCGAAGUCAAGAAUCACGCUGGCACCCUCAAGCAGACCUCUCAGCCCGGCUGCUGCACAACAAGUUCCGAGCAUACCUUUCGAAAAGGUGCACAAGUUUCGUCUUGAAGAUCUACUCCAGCGCGAUGGCUCCAUCGGAAUCGAGCCACCUUGCCGUGUAGAGGACCUGCGCGUUUUCCCCUCCAGAAAAACUUGA